CACACAGGAGAGGUCCAGACACUGGUGGGAAGAGGGCCUGGAACAGCUCCUGGAAGGAUGAGAAAAAGCGCUUUUCUCGGGAUCUGUGACAGAGCGUGGCGGUGGCUGCCAGCCCUGUGCUCCUGCAUCGCCGUGAAGCUCCAGGAGGGAGGGCGGAGGGCUGUAAUCGAAGUACAAGAUGGCAAAAACCAGCCAUAGCAACUAUGUCCUUCAGCAGCUAAACAAGCAAAGAGAGUGGGGCUUUCUGUGCGACUGCUGCAUCGCUAUCGAUGAUAUUUAUUUUCAAGCACAUAAAGCAGUCCUUGCUGCCUGCAGCGCCUAUUUUAGGAUGUUUUUUAUGAACCAUCAAAACACUACAGCCCAGCUGAAUCUAAGCAACAUGAAGAUUAGCGCUGAAUGCUUUGAUCUUAUUUUACAGUUCAUGUAUUUAGGAAAAAUUAUGACAGCCCCUGCCAAUUUCGAGCAAUUUAAAGUGGCCAUGAACUAUUUACAGCUAUAUAAUGUGCCUGAGUGUCUAGAAGAUAUACAGGACACAGACUCAUCUAGUUUAAAAUGUUCAUCUCCUGCUUCUAGCACGCAGACUAAUAAAAUGAUAUUUGGUGUGAGAAUGUAUGAAGACGCACUUGCUAGAAAUGGCAGUGAAGCAAACAGGUGGGGCAUGGAACCACCAAGUUCAACGGUAAAUACAUCCCAUAACAAAGAGCCUGAGGAAGAAACUUUGCACCUCAACAGCUUCCCCGAGCAACUGUUUGAUGUCUGCAAAAAAAGCACCACAUCCAAAUUCUCUCACACGAAAGAGCGCGUGUCGCACUCGCGCCGGUUUGGAAGGAGCUUCACCUGCGACAGCUGCGGGUUUAGCUUUAGCUGUGAAAAGCUACUGGAUGAGCACGUGUUAACAUGCACCAACAGGCAUUCCUACCAAAGUGCCAGGUACUACAGUGCUGAGAAAAUAGACUUUAGUGAAAAGAACUCUACUUCUAAAAUGAUCUCCACACAAACAGAAAAAUACAAGGGGGACUCGAACCAUGCUGCGGACGAUUCAUCGUCUCCCGUGUCAAACAUCACGAGCAGAAAAAGCAGCACUGUUGCCUCUGAAACAUCAGGUGAAGAAGGAAGUAGAGCCUCUGAGAGGAAGAGGAUUAUCAUCAAGGUGGAGCCAGAGGACAAUCCUACGGAUGAGCUGAAGGAUUUUAAUAUUAUCAAGGUGGCAGAUAAAGACUGCAAUGAGUCUUCUGACAAUGACGACCUAGACGAUGAACAGGAAGAGCCGCUUUACAGAUACUACGUCGAGGAGGAGAUGAGAGAGAAGAGAAAUGCUCGCAAGACUCUAAAGCCUCGCUUAUCCAUGGAUGAGGAUGAAAGAAAGUGUUUGAAAAGUCCACGGCACCUUAACAGCAAGGCUUCUUCAGUGCAGGAAGAUGUGGAGAAUGCUCCCUGUGAACUUUGUGGGCUAACAAUCACUGAGGAAGAUCUGUCCUCUCAUUAUUUAUCCAAACACAUAGAAAAUAUAUGUGCUUGUGGCAAGUGUGGUCAAAUACUGGUCAAAGGCAAGCAGCUACAGGAGCAUGCACAGACCUGUGGAGAACCCCAGGAUCUGACCAUGAACGGGAUCAGAAAUUCUGAGGAGAAAAUGGACUUGGAAGAAAACCCCGAGGAGCAGUCAGAAAUAAGGGACAUGAUGUUUGCAGAGAUGCUAGAGGACUUCAGGGACGGUCACUUCCAAAUGAACAGCCUUCAAAAAAACCAGUUAUACAAGCAUUCUGCCUGUCCUUUCCGAUGCCCUAAUUGCGGCCAGCGUUUUGAUACAGAAAACCUAGUGGUUGAACAUAUGUCAAACUGCCUGGAGCAAGACCUGUUCAAGAACUCCAUGUUGGAAGAGAACGAGAGGGAUCACAGGCGUAAGCAUUUCUGCAACCUUUGCGGGAAAGGAUUUUAUCAGCGUUGCCACUUGCGGGAACACUAUACCGUUCAUACCAAGGAAAAACAGUUUGUUUGUCAGACAUGUGGGAAGCAGUUCUUAAGAGAGCGCCAGUUGCGGCUCCACAAUGAUAUGCACAAAGGCAUGGCCAGGUAUGUCUGUUCCAUUUGUGAUCAAGGAAACUUCCGAAAACAUGACCAUGUACGGCAUAUGAUAUCUCACUUAUCAGCUGGAGAGACUAUAUGCCAGGUCUGCUUUCAGAUAUUCCCAAAUAAUGAGCAACUGGAGCAGCACAGGGAUGUUCAUCUGUAUACAUGUGGAGUAUGUGGAGCAAAAUUUAAUUUGAGGAAAGAUAUGAGAUCUCACUAUAAUGCCAAGCAUUUGAAAAGAACAUAAGCAUAAACAUACUGUUAAAGCAUUAAGUUGGCAGCAGAGAGAACACCAAAGCAAAGCAUAAGUAUAGUAAAAAAAUUUGAAAAGGAAAAAAAAUUGAAAAUAAGUCUCUUUUUUAUUAUUUUUUUAAGACCCUCCUAACCAUAGGUGUCUAUUUAGGCUCAUUAAGUAUAAAGCUUUGAAAAGCAUCAUGUGUUUAAUUAUUACAUUUUCACUGUUUCCUAAUACCAGUUUCUGUUCUUAAUUUUAUUGUUUUACUACGUAGAUAUACAAAUCAUUAUUUUUAAACUGUAGAUUAAAAGCACAAUGUUACCCCUUCACUGACUGCUAUUAAACAGUUCUCGGAUCCAUGUCCAUAAGAUGAGUGCUUUAAUAUUUCCAUGUGUUGUUUCUUCAUGUGAGAAUCUUAGAUGCCAGCGAUUAACGUGCAAGAGCAUAAUUGUUCGUAAUCCCCAAAUUAAUUUUCGAAAUGAAAAAAAAAGCCAAACCAAACCCAAACCAGCCAUGCCAAGAAAUAAUCCUUUGGGCUCUGCCUCUGCUGCAGGGGCAGAGCUGGCUGUCCUGGUCCCCUGCUUCUUGGCUUUGUUGGAAGCUGCUUCCCAGGGGUGAGAGCACAUAGGCUCAGUUAACCCUUGCAGGCUCGGGCUGCUGUGCACAAGGGGGAAGGGCAUUAAUGACUCUUGGGAUAACCAGUUGGGUUCCAGCACAGUGGUUGUUUUCCGGAUGGGAAGUCCUAGCAGAGCUGUUCAACUGAUGUUGGCCUUUCUUUCACUGUCUGUACCUCUCUGGGUAUAUUUAACCUGCUUGUCCUAACAUACAAGGGAGGAGUGGCCGUGGUGGGUUGCUAGAAAUGCAGGAUGGCCAUGUGCACUGAACACUGCAUUUUCAGCCUAGAUGUGAACUGUGUCUUGCUGCUUGUGUUGGAAAGUUAAAAGCAGGGUGAGUGUGGAGAUAGUCCCAUUGCUUGGGACCUUAAGGUUUUUUUGCUUCUUGUUUUCAUGAUACUUUAUGAAUGUUCUGUUUUUCAACAAAAAUAUAACAAGAAAAGACUGCAGAGUUUGCUUAAUAAAUGUAAAGAUAUUUUAUGCCUUUUAAGAUUUCUUUCUCAUUCUAGCAGAGCCAUAAUCUGUGCAGGUUGCCUCUUAAUUUAAUUGAAUUUAAAAAUCCUACUAAGUACCAGCUGACACCAAUUCAGUGAGGCACUUUGGCCUUUGAGAGAGCAACUGGCUUUGACUUCUAGGCACCAGCUGUCUAAACGUUUGUUAAGUGUGUGAUUUGUGAUGGGGUGGAGGAAAGGAUCCUAAUAUGUAAUUGUGGAGAAAACAAUUAAAAAAUAAAACCUAGUUGUAGUUUCUCCCAGCACAUCUCACUUUAUCAAAGAGGGUGGUAAUGCUAUUUCCUGCUGAGCUAUGGAGGGAGGAAAGUAAUUUAGAUCAGCAAUUAAGGCAGUUGGAUUAGAUGAUCAUUGCAGGUCCCUUCCAGCUGAAAUGUUCUAUCACCUCAUGUGCCAGUGGUGGGGUUGAGAAUAGGAGCCAAGAGCUGAUGGUCUAGUCCAGGGCUUUCAUGUGCUUGUUUCUGUCAGAGUUGAGUUUCAUUCCUCAUUUCUUGGGGAUUAUGAAGGGUAUCAAGUUUUAAUUUUAGACUAUUCAGAGGAGUGAAUCUACAAUUCAGAAUCUCCACUUCUACUGUUAAAAGUAGUGUGAGUUGCCUUGCAUUUAUUCAGUUUCAAAUGUGCAUUAGGGUUUCUCUUGGUUGGCAGGCGUGUGCAUUUCUGCAGUGAUGGAGAAGGCUCCCCCACCAGCCCUUGGUGCUGAGCCAGCAGCUGCUCUGAGACACCAGCUGCUUUGGGCACAGUUUAGUGGGCUUUUAGUGUUUUGCUUUAACUGCUCAGUCCUUUGUUUUCUUGUACGAUGCUGAAGUCAACCGAGUCCUCAACAGCACUGGAGCCAGUAGAGCAAAUGCACAAAUACGUGAAUAUUCCAGUGCUCCAGAGCUGGGGGCGUCAUACACUGCACACAGUGAUUCUCUGACAUGCAGUUAUCCCUCACAGUAUCAGCUGCAUUGGGAAAAGCAGUCAAGGGAAGUGAAGGAGCACUGGGGGAGCUGGCAGGAGGGUCUGGUGGCACUGGAGGAGUGGAAAUACUGAGUGGGAGAAGAGAUCCUGAAUGGGAGGGAGUGGCAAAGGCAGGCAGGCAGGAUUAGAGCUGUGCAGUGGGAAGCAAAUCCCAAAGGUGGCAUGGAGGGGGUGGCUGGAGGAGUGGAUAAAAUGUCCCGGCUGUGAGAGCAGAGUGAGGAUGACUCAGCUUGGCUGGGGAGCUGUGGGCCUGAGCCAUGAGCUCACAAACCAGCGCCGGUCGCGUACCAAGCACGGCCGGCCCCGCUGCCCCAGCGCUGCGGGGACACGGCACGGCCCAGAUUAAAGACCUUGCUGAAAGGCAGGAGGUGACCUCUGCCAUGUAAGGGAUCACUCCUGAACUCGGUGAAGGGCCAAGGGUGAUUUAUAGAGCCUCCUGCUCAGGAUCAGGAGCCCUUGUUUAGAGUUGAUUGGUCUGAACUUGACCCAAAAAUGUUUCUUAAAAAAUGUGACUUCCUAGUGCAAGUAGACCUGUCAACUGCAGAAGUUAAAUGGAGAAACUGGGAAUGAUGGUAUUUACAUGUACUAUCUAACUUUAUAAACACCCUGAAUACCUCUGUUUUUCAAUUAUAAGCUGUGUCGUUGUAGUAGUCUUUCAAAGUAAAGUUUGUUGAACCUUUCCAACUGAACUUGAAUUGAUGUUUUUUCCUGUUCUAGGGAAACAAAACCCAGUGCCUUGGAGUUCACAUGUAUGAAAGUCCAUGCUAAGGCUCACAAAGAGCAUGAAUUGCACUGCAGGGAAGCUUCAAAGUAGAUCUACUUACAUGUAGGCAGAAAAAAUCAGAAUGACUGAAGUAGCCUGAGAAGUGAUCAAGGGGAGUAUAGGAGAACAUAAACAAGUCAGCCUGGCUUGCAAUGAGAUGGGUAUUUAAAUAGAUGAGUAUUUGAGAUGAAAUGUAAAAGCGUGCAGGGGAACAGCAUGGCACUGUUAGAGAAAAGGCCUGGAGUGACAGGAGGAAUUUGGCUGCUGUGGGAGGGGAGAAGGUCUGGGUGCUGAGGCAGCCUGGGGCUGGCCACUCCUGAAUGUUCUCCCCAGAAUGGGACAGCAUCUGCAGGAGAGGGAAAUGAUGGUGUUUCAGUGCUUCUGCCAUACAUAAAUGAUUUAAUGUGGAGACAGAACAAAAACAGACGUGAAAAAAAAUCAACAGCAGUUAUCCUAGAAGUUUUGCAGUUACUUGAAAGAUUGUGAAGGGGAAGCAAAAAAUAUUUUAUUUAGGAGUUCUUCUCCUCUAAUUUGUGCUUUUCUGUUGCCAUAACAUUGUUCCUUUCUGUCUCCUUAGUGAAUAUUAGCGUGUAAAAACCCUUAAUGAUCUUUAAAACUGAAGGUGUAAGCAUUGCACGAGGCGUAGACAGAAAGAAAAAGAUUUGCUGGAUGCCAUAAGUUAUAUUUUAAAGUGAUUUGCUAUUCUUAUUUUUGGAAGACCUCUCUGUGUUCUGUUGUUUUUCCCAUUUUGGGAGUGCUAUGGGCUGCAAUCCUAAGAAUUUUUAAGUGGCCAGCCUAGCUCUUAGCUUUCAAGAUUUACUGAAAGUUAAAAAGAGGGAAUUCAUGAAGACCUUGUAUGAGCUUUAAAAUAUCACAAAAGCUCUUGAGCUUCUUUUUCAGUUUCAGAGGAGAUGUUUAAAAUGUUAAUAUAUAUAUACUUGUAAAUGUUUCCUGCUGACUUGUUAGUUCAAAGAGUAUUUACAUUUGUGUAUAAUGAUAUUUGUAGCCAAGAGGUCUGUGGAGAAAUCUUGAUUUCAAUAAAUAGAGUAUCAUGGAAUUCUAAGAAUUUAUGCUUUAAUUAGGGGAUUUCUCUAUGUAAUACUUUCAGUUGAUGUAAAACAUAAUUCAGCGUAUUUUUUAUUCAAAGCUGUAGACAGAAAAUAUAUUGCCCUGGAGAAUGUAUUAAAAAUACGUUGUUAUAAAAGUGAAUAGUUUGACUACACGAUUGUAUUUGAAUACUCUAGUGCUAAAACAUCAAAUCUCAGAGCUAUUGGUGAGGACAUAAAUUUGCUCCUGGAGGCUGUGCUACCUUGAGCCCUGGCAGCCCUUUACUUCUCCCCAUUAGUUUCAGCUCUCCUGUCCCCUGUGUGCCACCCUCUCCAUUGUCAAAGAGCAGUACCUAUGGAGCUGCACAAUGCUCUGAAUCAAACAACAGGCUUUUUUCUGUUCCCUGUGGGGCUGGUUUUUGGCUGGAUCAGUUCCCUGCUGUGAUUCCCUCUCCCUCUCUGUGUCAGAUCUUGUGCAAGCACAAUAGAAGGGGUGGCACAAGGGGAGGAAUGAGUGGCUGGGAGGGGGCUCCUUCGCUGGAAUGAGCUGUUACCAGAACUCAGAGCAUGUCCCGAAUUUAACUCGGUCUCUGUCUCCCCCCAGCAUCCUCGGGGAAGCUGAACUCUUACGUUCAUCUCCUAUUUCCUGAUAAGGAAAAAGGCAGCCCAACCUCUUACAAAUGAGACACAUCUCUGCUAUCUGCCCUCUUCGUGAGAACUGGAAACCUUCCUGCAUUCAGCUCAUCCCACAAAUAUGCUCUGGAGCUUUCUUGGUGUUUCUUGAAGCAGACUGGGUAGUGCUCUGCACCACUGGGUUUGUGUGGUUGGCCUGGCCCAGGGCCAGGAAUGAGCUGGGCCCCUUGUCUGGCCAAACCCCAGGAAUGGCUCCCACCUUCCUCUGGCUUUCCUGCCCUCCAGCUGUGGGCCCAGAUGCAGCUGUGGAGCUCCUCUGUUGCCCUGUGCCCCUCGCUGCUUUUCUCAGUAAGGGGAGACAGUUGUCUCAUUUUGGUCUAAUGCUGAAAGCUCAGGGUAAUUCUCUGUGUAAGUUAAACUGAUGCUGGCAGUAUCUGUUACUAUCCCUUCUUACUGUGCUUCUGACUUUUAAGUGCUUCUCAAUCUCAGAGGGUUAAAAAUCAAAUCUUCUGACUUCCCUAAUUCUCAGCUGGUUUGAUGCUUGUCGCAGACUUAAAGACCUACAAGAUGAAACAUGACUAAUUUGACUUUAUAAAGUCUGCUGAAAGCUAGAAAUUAGGAACAUGUUUUCAAAAGCUGACAUUUCUGUAGUUCUCAGCUAUAAACCAGUUUUCUGUAUUUUCUUCCAACUUCAAAAAACUCCUAAAAUAUUGCUGUGCGGUGUAUUCUUGAGACGUGUGAGUAGGCUGAGAUUUUGUAGGGGAAAGAUACCAAAAAUCAGGACACAUUUUAUAAAUUAAGUGUCUUUUGCUACUUUUACAGUCACUUCCACAGUUCUGGAAUUAAUUCUCAUUUUAUUUUUUUAAUGCAGAAAGACAAAUCUUAAUUUGUAACAGGGCAGUAGAGCUCAUGACUCAGGAAUCACUUCAUCAUGACUAUAAAUAUUCAGCCCUGAAACAAACAGCCCAUGUUCCUUUUCAUGUACUUGAAUGGCCAGUGCCAGCUUCAUAGGAGAAAUGCUUUCAGAGCUUUAUUUGGGUUAUUUUUACUCUCAGAUCUCUUGAAGGGUGCAGAUUUUAAAAUUAAUUUAAGACAAAAGAAAACAACAUCGUGCAUUGUGCUUUUAGAGAAAUGGUUGUCAGUAAUUCACGCAGAUUCCCUCUGUAAGAGUGGCUGGAAGUACAUUUCUAAAGUUUCUUAUUAAUAUGUUAAAGGGAACAUAACAGAACUGUGAGAUGAGAAAUCCUCAGAUGGUCCAGGGCCAGGUUUGACUGUCUCUUUUGUGUAGCCAGCGUGGCACACCUCACCCCAGCAACCUUGAGGUUCAGACGUGGUCAGGAUCUUUGAUUCUCUUGCAAGAAAAUGAAAAGGUUUAAUCCUUUCCUGUGCCUUCUGGCAUACUAAAAACCAUAGUAAAUCUUCCUGCAGCUACAACCACAAAAACAAUGCUGCAUGUAGAAUUUCCGGUGGGAGGAAAAAAAAAAGAAAUGGUUCAAGAACUUCCCUCUCUCACAAAGUUCUGCAUUUAUUGUUUUCACUCAAACUCAUGUGUGAUUUGCAUCAAUGAGAUUUUGGGGUGUACUUAUUUUUGUUUGCAAAUAAGACAUGACUUCAGAUAAAUCUGUCUUGUAGUUCUGUAGACAUGCCCAGACUCCUGACAGGGAAUGAGUGCAUCCCUUAUAGGCCUCUAAAUCCUGGAAGCUGUGUAGUUUGUAGCAAAUCCACUGGAAAUCAGGACUGUUGUAAAUCCUUAGUUUCUCAAUUUGUCUGUCAGGCAAAGUGCCACCAGUGUCAGCAAUUGCCAAGGUCUGCAGCAGCUGUGUUGCCAACACAAAGAUGCAAAAAUCAGUCUUUCCCCCUCACUUUUCCCCCAUCUCCCCUGAUGACAAGGUUGCUAUUUUAGAAAUGCAUCCUUUUGGCUCUUUAUUUGUGUGCUGGUUUUUGAAAAGGAAGAUUUGCUUUCUUCCUAUUUUAAAUCAAUGAUUAGGGCUAAGAAGUUGCUUUCUUUAAUAGCUUUCACAUGUUUAGUUGAACCUACACAACUCAGUAAUACCUGUUCUCUCCUUUUUAGGUAACCAUCCCACUACAUUGCGGGUGGUCACCAGAGGGACUUCUGCUUCUGACUCCCCAGAAAAUGAAAGGGAAAAAUAACAUAUUAUCCUUCUCUCCAUGGCAAAAGCCCCAAAGACCAUGAAAGUUUGUGGAAAUGCAGAUAAGCUGGCUAAAAAUAGAGUUUGCUGAAUACCAUAAAUUGCUUUUGGUUUUGGCAGCAGAUACACCAGACUUCUGGUGUUGGUUACGCUCCUCUUACACAAGUCGUUGUUAGGGCUUUUAUUUAGGAUGCUAAAGAUGGUGCCCUGCUUUCUUCCCUGCCUGUGGGUUUCCUACUGGUACCUACUGGUAGAGUCCCAGCUUCCAAAUUACUGAGGGUUCUGGUUUCUAGCCAUUGGUUAUUGAGUUACUUAGAAUAAAUCAGAAACACUUUUAAGAGACAAAAUCCAAAGUAUUCCUCCUUUGGGAAAGGGAUAGAUACAGUAAUAUUUUAGGAGGAAGAAAUACAGGGUAGGAUCUCUUGGAACUGAUGAAGAAAUUGUCUUGGUAUGCCCCACAGCCCAGGAGAGAGCUCAGAUGUCUGAGCUACAUUGUUAUCAGGUGAAUUAAAUAGAAGUUGUGUACACUUACAUAUGCUGUAAAAUAUGACACUUAAUACUCUGCGUGCUUGGAAGUCUGAGGGUUAGCCCCACCUAGUCUGCUUUCAGAUGGAUUGUGUUUCACUUAGAUUUUACUGACCAUUGCUGACACAGUUCUGCCAGAAAAGACAAGACAGAGGUCCUGAUGUACAGUAACUUAAAAACUGGAAAAUAACUCAGUCAAGACACAAGAGAUUUCACAGUAAUUGUCACAGUUCUUUCAGCUUUAGUUUGUUGUGCAAAGAGUUAAAUAGUUCAAAGGCAGUUUCCUUUGGAGAAUGUUUAUUUGAUCAAGUUCAGUGUGGCUUAGACCCCAAAUAGAAAUACCAACUUCAAACAGAGCCCUGCUAUGAGAGAAGGAAUGAAUAGUCUGUGGCCUCCCAGACCUCACAAGCUAUGUUGGUUUGUUACACAGAGUCAAAACAAAGAUGUCCCUUAGAACACAUAUACAUUAACUCAGUGUAUUUCACACACCACAUCUUUUAUCUCCCAUCUGCUUCUCUCCCUGGUCCUUUGGGCUGUGACAAGGCCACUGAGAUCCUGAAUGAGCUACAGUCUCCUCAGUGAAAAGCAUAUAUGGUGUGAUGGGACCAUCCAAGCUACUUAGAUUGUUAGAGAGCGUUAGGGGAGCUACUGCUCCUGUUUACUAAGACUGAAGUACUACAUCCUUUGGAUUUUGGAACAGUGCUUAUCUUUGCUUCUUGGUUCCCUUUACAUUGCAGGAAGCAGGGUGAGGAAGAACCCAGUGGGUGCUUCUCUUAGAUGGAGCCUGGAAGAUCUUGUUGGCUGAGGCAUGUUGUUGUUUUGUUUCUUCAGGUCCUUAGCUGGCUGAAUCUUCAGACUUCUAAUAAAUGCACUAAGCCUUGAAAAAGCAUUAUUAAUGCAUGAUGAGAUACACCAAGUUCAGCCACUGAACAUAAGAGUGAAACCCAUGCAGAUGCUGUUAGCGCAGGAACCUGGUAUCGAGCCAAAUCUGGAGAGCCAUCUUUGAUCUGUCUCCAGGUCCUCCUUUUAUUUGUAAACAUCCAGCUAAUCACAGACUUCCUCUGACUUUGAUGAAGUGGAAGGAGCCGCAUCCUCUGUGAGCGCUGGGAAGGGCUGGGAUUCUGCAGCGGCUCAGGAUGCGGGACGGGGGCUCCAGCGCCAUCUCGUGGCUCGCUGGGAGCCGCCUGUCCGUGUUCCCAGGGCUGGAAUGCUCCGCUCUGCUGGGAGAGGGGAAGCAGAUCCUCCCUCGGCUGUGAUCCCCACUCAGUUCUGUGCUUAGGGCAGCUGCGCGGUUUCAGUCUGCGAGGAGGGCACAAGGUUUUAUCUCUCAUCUCCCUUCCUGUGGGCUGCAGGCUCCCGGCAGUGCCGGCGGCUCUGUGUGGGCUACACCCCACCCCACCACAGCUGGCACUGAUUAGCAGUGUUUCUGCUGUCUCAUCGGAAAAAUGUGAUUUAAUAUGCACAGGCAGCCCACCUUCCUGCACUCAGAGGUGGCCCCACACAGCACAGCCCAUGUAUUUCAGAGAGGUGGUGGAAUGAAGCUCAGCUGUGUGUGUGAGUUGUCCCUGAUUCAGAAAUGACAGAGAUUUUGGACUGCAAAGUGCAGGGUGACAUGGUAAUCAACAGCAAUGGCAAACACUGAUGUCCAGGGGAAAAACAGUGCUCACAUGCAUACUUUAGUUAGAAUAUACUUUUUCCCUCCUUUGUUAGUUUGCCAAAAAAAAAAAAAGAAAAGAAGUGCUUCCUGAGUUCUGAGCCUGUCAUGUAAGAGUUACUUUGCAAUAACAGCACUGGUCCAGUGAAUUCCCCUCCAAGGUUUUAAGAAUGUGGUAGGCAGACAUAUGGCCUUGCUGCCAGAGCCAGCAGUACUUUGAAGGUAGCAGUUUGCCCAAGACGUGUUUCCCCUGUUCACAUUGCCCUCAUGGCACAAAACAAAAGCCUUUUGUCCCAACUGCAUUUUUGCCCACCUUAAGCAUGUGACAUGGCACAGAGGGCAGAUGAAAUCCCAGACAAGCCUGGGCCUGGCACAUGCAGUGAGUGAGGGCCUGGCCAUGGUGCACACCAAGGUGUGGAGCAUAGCUCGAGGCUUUCCUCUCCCAGGUGUGCCAGGAAAUUCAGCCCUGAGCUGGCCUUGAGGAUGCUUUGGCAGGUAAGUGAUGCAAAGAGCUGCUGAACCAGGCUUCAUGUGCAGCCUCUGCAUUGUAGACACAACCACUUGGGCCAGGGCUGCCACAGUCUCAUAGGAACGCCAAGUGUAAGUUAUCCAGAAGUGGCACAAUCAUAUACUGUGUACAAUGUGAUUCACAUAUCCACAGAAAGAAGUCAGUGUGCAACAAAACAACCCAACAACCCUGAGGAUUGUCCUCAAAAGUUAUAAACAUGAAUGUAUAGUUCCUUGAUUGUUCCUCUCCGACACAAAGCUGCUCAGAUUUGUCAUGAACUAGUGUGGUUGAAGGAGACUUCCAGGAAUUGUAAAUAUUUAUAAAAUUUAUCUGCAUUUAACCUAAAAUAAGAAUUUGGGGGGUAUGUGGGGGUGUGUGUGUCGAGUAAAUACAUAACAGUUACCUCUGAGUUAGGCAAGAUAAAAAAAAAACCACAACCAAAAAUACAGUCAAAUAUGAAGCAGUAAGAAAUAUUCCAGAGUGGGGGUGUUCCAUGCUGUGAGUGGCUGAGGGGAAAUAAUACUUGUGCAAUUUUUUGAGCAUCUACUAAGCCAAGCCAUAAACCACUGCUGGAAAGUAACACAUACAGUAUGAAAACUACUUCUGGGAGGUUUGGGAAGUGAAGUUUUUCUUCAGCAAAUCUGUAGCUGUUUUGAAAACAGAAGGCAAAGGAAAAAGAAGCAAAAGUUUCUGAAACAAGAUGACAACAUUGUUUAAGGUCGUGUUCUGGUGGGGCAGGGGUUGAAGGAAAUGUAUGGCUUUUUAAAAGAGUUCCUGACUGUGGUGGGUGCUCUGAAUAGAACUGAAGGAUGGGUAUUUAGAGCAAAACCACACAUGGUGAGGUGGGAGGGACCACAUCAUGCUAGCAAAUACAGUACUGCAGUGCGGGCUUCUGACUUUUAAUAUUUUUCUUGCAUUUCUUUUCUGC